AUGCACAAGGGGGCAGCCUCAGUGUGUGAUGAAAAUCACCACAAGGACCGGGAUUGUGAACGAAUCAUGAACUGUUCCGAGUGCGUGGCAACAUAUCCAUAUUUUAAGAACGCACCGAAGACCUGUAAAUGGUGCAGUAACUGCCUGAUCGGGCGAUGCAUCAAGCGCGGGUCCACCUGCAGCAACAACCACGGCUGCGACGUGUUCCAGAUCAAGGGAGGAGUCCCUCAGGUGUCCCCUUCUCAGCCUGGCUGCCCAGUGAAAUCAUGUUUGGCCUCCACCUGCAAACGCUGCCUUGAGAAAGACUGCCUAUGGACCAAGGGGAUUACCAGACAAACAAUAGGACCAUUGUUCCCAUCUCAAGGCUGGACUUGCUUGCCCCAGAUGUACCAAUCGUUCAGGAACGGCAGCGUUGCCACGGUGAUCAGCAAGCCUGGUGACUGCCCCGCCCCCUGCCAGGACCACAAGUUGUGUGAGACGUGUCUCGGGUCAAAGGGGUCGGAGGGCGGCUCACUUGAGUGUUACUGGAGUGUAACCCUUGCAGAGUGCAUACCCCCGGCCUACACGUCCCUGCACUGCCUGGGUGGGGUGUGUGGGACACUCCUCCAGGGGGAGCCAGGCAGAUGCCCCCGCCCCCUGCUCAACGUACACCAAGUGUGCGGACUGUAG